UUCUGAGCCAGGGCGCAGAGAAGGAGAACAAGAAGAACCCAGAGGAUAUGCAGCGUAUCCAACAUCAUUUUUACGCACCGAGAGGCGAUGUGUUACUUCACUAAGCUCAGUCAUGAGCACAAGGGGCCCCGGGGCCACUUUAGUGGUGCGUCCGAGGACGCAACCCCCGGUGUCCAAAUGAGCAGGAACGGCGGUGAUGGACUCCACUCGGACGCACAGUUGUGAAACACUAUGAAGGCAAAAGGUCCAGCAUCUGAGGGUCUGUGGGCGCCACAGUGAGAGCCAUGGAUCACUUUUUCCGGAGAAAGCGGGUGGGUCUGCUGAAACCCCUGCUGAGUCUCUCUCUAGUCUUUGCGUCUUUUCUCAUGAUCCACAAACUCAAACUGGCAGAGAAGGAUGGAGUGGGACUGAAACAUGUGAGGGAUACCAGCUGGUGCGGCUCUGACUGUUUUUCUUUCAAGAAGAGAGUCGUGAAAAAUAAUUUGGGGAGCUCGGACGCUCCAGGUAUUAGCAACGAAUCGGACGCGCAGCGGGUGACUAACGGGACUCCGGCUUCCUGGGACGCGCAGGUUCUUAACUGCAGCGAGGACUCGUCGGUGAGGACGAAGGACUGGUUUCGGCGCUUGGACCCGAGGUUUCACCAGUUUGUUCUGCACAGACACUGCAGGUACUUCCCCAUGCUCAUCAACCACCCGGAGAAGUGCGCGGAUGGAGAGGUGCACCUCCUCAUGGUGGUCAAGUCCGUUAUCGAACAGCACGACCGGCGGGAGGCGGUGCGUAAAACCUGGGGCAAGGAGCACACUUUAGAUGGGAAGAAAAUCAAAACUUUAUUUCUUUUGGGAAGUCCCACGACUGGCAAAGACACAAAGAACCUCCAGAAACUGAUCGAGUACGAAGACAAGAUAUACGGGGACAUCCUCCAGUGGGACUUCAUGGACACCUUCUUUAACCUGACCCUGAAGGAGGUCAACUUCCUCAAGUGGUUCGACAUCUACUGCUCCGGGGUCCAGUUCAUAUUCAAAGGAGAUGAUGACGUGUUUGUGAACACGCACAACCUGCUACAGCUUAUCGGCUUCAAAGUGGAGGACCACAAAGAGGCCGAACUGUUCGUUGGGGACACCAUCUCCAAGGCGAUCCCGAUCCGAAACCGGCAGAGCAAAUAUUACAUCCCCAAAGAGCUGUACGAUAAGCCAUAUCCCCCUUAUGUCGGAGGUGGGGGGUUUCUGAUGUCCUCCCAGCUGGCCAGGAGGCUCUUCGUGGUCUCGGAGGACCUGGAGUUGUACCCCAUUGACGAUGUGUUUUUGGGCAUGUGCCUGCAGAAGCUUCAUUUGUCCCCAGAGUUGCACCCGGGCUUCAGGACCUUCGGCAUCACCAGGCGCAGGGUGAGCCCCAUGAACAGCGAGCCAUGUUUUUACAAAAACCUCAUCGUGGUGCACAAGUUGAGCGCGCAGGAGCUGCUCAGGAUGUGGAACGUGGUGCACAACAAGGACCUGGUCUGCGCUCAAAGGGUCUCAAUAUGACUGUCAAUGUAUAUAAAUUAAAUUAAUUCACCAAAGCUGAACUGAAUACACAGAAGGCUCCAUACAUGAUAUUUACUGAAUCUACUGAGGCAUGUAUUAUACGAUAAAAUAAUAUGUUUUGAUGAUGGAUUUGAUACUGUAUGUACAGCACAUCCAGAUUUUGCAUUUUCUGUAUGUAAAGGUCAAUAGGUUACAAACUCUUCUGAACAGGUUGAGUUACCUCCCCACUAAUCCCGCUACUUUUUAUUUUCCAUUUUGUGAAACCACUACCACACAACUCCACAGUGUGCACACCUCAAUGGAAGCUUUCUAGGAUUCUUGGUGCCAUUUCUACUCUAUCGUUUUAAUGGGAGAUCUAAUGUUGAUGUAGAGACAUGGUUGUAAUGGUUUUAGUGCGUGUUUGUGCAGGCAUAAAUAAGACUGGACUUGUUACAUCCAGGUGAUAUUAAUUUUCUGAUUUCAGGAUUUCAGUGUGACUGUACAAAGUGAACUGUAUGGACUCACAGCGCACGUCAUGGAACACACUGCUGCAUUCAUAGUCCAGUGAUUAUUUUGUAAUGUGCUGAAAUUGUUUUUAAAAAAAUCAAAUUAUUUGUUUUAAGUUAAUAUAUUGUUUAAUUCCACCUUUUUAUUUUAUUUUUCAAGUGUCAGUUCAUUUGUGUAUGAUUUUGCAAAGACAGGCCAAAAACCAAAGAAACUGAGGGGCUGUAAUACUGUAGAUUUAUGUAUGAUAAUGUAAAUAAAACUGGAGCUCUCUGUUAACUUUGUAAAUACAGAAUAAA